AUGCUCGUUUCUGGAGAAUUCAUUUUGGUUUCCACCCUCCUUAGCCUUGCUUCGGCAUCUCCCACUGCGGCUAUAUCAGCCUCUCAAUGGCCUACGGAUCUGAAAGUCAAACAGCUCGCCAAUUUUGGGCCUAGUUCCUGGAUCGAAAAUCUUGCCAUACGACACUCAGGCGAUGUCUUGGCCACCCAACUGCUCAACCCGCGGAUCUUGCAAGUUGAUCCCGAUGGGAAAUUGCCGCCUAUAGUGAUUCAUAGCUGGGCCGAAGGUGCCAGUGCUGGCGAGUAUGAUGGUGUCUUGGGAAUCACGGAGACCAGACAUGACGAGUUCUUUGCGGCUGUGGCUGGGCAGUACGACGAGACUAUGAUGUUAUUACCCAACUCGACCAAUUACAUAUUCCGGGUCGAUUUCAGUACCUUGAAGAUGUCGUCGACAGGGGAGGUGCUCUCAAAUGCCACAGUGACAAAACUCACCAAUCUUGAGGGCUCUCAACUCGUGAAUGGAGCCGCGACGCUCAAUGAAGGUGCUAUCUUGGUUUCCGAUUCCUACAAUGGAUGGGUCUAUAAGGUCGAUGUCCGGACUGGUGCAUAUGAUGUGAUCGUGGAUGACCCUCUGAUGAAGAAGAGUUACGCAGAUUCAGAAGGGAAAAUCGGUGUCAAUGGGAUCAAGGUCUUCGGAGGACAUCUUUACUGGACCAACACUGAUGCUGGUCUCUUGGCCAGAAUCAAGAUUAACGAGGACGGAAAGCCAUGCGGUGCAUCCGAGAUCGUUGCUUCAAAUCUGACGGAGCCGGACGACUUCACUCUGGACGAAAACGGGACAGCAUAUAUUGCUCUGGGCCCCUUAAACGAAGUCAGCGUUGUCCAUCCUGGAGGCAGCAGCAGGUUGGCAGCUGUAGAUGGGCCAACAGCCGCGAAGUUGGGACGUCAACAUGGUGACCAUCAUCGACUGUACUUCAGUACACAUGGAGGAUCGAACAUACUGUCCAAUAAUAGCACGGCAAUUUACAAUGGGACCAUUUCGUAUGUCGACAUCCCCCAUACGAUAUGGUGA